AUGGCAUCCGUCCCCUCGGCGUCCGUCUUUUCCUUGCCGCUUCCGUCAUGGCAGCAGCCUCCUAGCGUGCGCGUCGCUAAAUACGAGCCGAAGAAACGAAAAAAGACCGACAAUGACUGGGGCGACGACAACGAUGACCUCGAUGGUGAAACCACUGACGCUGCAUCCGAGGCAGCCCCGCCGGCGCCAUCUCUAACUCUAUCACCAGAAGAAGCUCACCAGUAUCGCAUUGCGGGUCUUUCUUUCGAUAGGGAAAUCCCUGGAGGCCUUUUCCCCCAUGCUCCAGCGAAAGAAGACACAUCCUCUCUCCGCGUGAGAAAGCAGGAUAUCUUCCAAGGAUUGUCUUCCUUGUCAUCCCCAAUCUACCCCCCUCAGUCAGCGGCCCAGCAGGGAAACCUUCGCAUCCAGCACCUGGCUGUUCUCUCGUCCAUCUUACAUCGCUGUCUUUUGCAGAGGGACUACAUCCGCGCAGGAAGGGCUUGGGGACUGAUCCUUCGCGAAGGAUUCCAUGGUGUCCCGGUAGAUGUUCGUACCGAAAGUCGAUGGGGCAUCGGAGCGGAAAUUCUAUUGCGGAAAGGUCGCCAGAUUGCAGAUAAUGCUCUGGGCUCUGCUGCGCAGGUUGGUGAAUCUCACUCGACAGAUUCACCGCGGCUUUAUUUCACUCGGAAGGGGUUCGAGGACGCUAAGGAAUACUACGAACGGCUUAUGGUUCAACACCCCUUUCGGAAGACGUCUCCGGAUUCAGUAUGUUCAUUACAGUUUUACCCCGCUAUGUUUAGCCUGUGGGUGUAUGUGGUUCAAGAGGAGAGCGUUGUUGCCCGCCAAACCAUCGAGAAUAAUCAUGAAUCUUCCCCAGAAGCGAUGUCAGAAGACGAGGGUACUGCAACGGAUUCUGAAGGGCACCACGGGGUGUCAAGCCACCGGAAGCAAGGGCUUCUUGCUGGAGUGAGGAAAUCCGAACUGGGGGAAGCACAAAAAAUCGCAGGCAGAUUGGAUGAACUGCUCGUAUCGCCGCCAUAUUCAGACUCUCCGGAAUUGUUGGAGUUGAGAGGCAUGAUUGCACUCUGGAUCGCCGACCUCUUCAUCUCUUCUGUGCCAAAUUCCCAGGGCUAUGAUGUCGAUUCUGAUGAUCUUGACCGGAUGGAGACCGACUUACAUGAUUCCAUUCAAAGUAGACGAGAGUUACGGCUUGCCAUCGAUAAACGACAAUCCGAGUUGGGAAAAGCACGGGAAUUUUUCGAGAAGGCGAAGAAACGGAACAAAGGAAUGUCUUCUACUUUCAGGGAUUUGCACAUUGACGACAAGGAGGUUGAAUAA